AUGGAAAAUAUUGCAAAUUUGCGAGUAUAUUAUAACGGUGAGUCAGAGUUGGGCGCGGUCGGGGAGGAGGUCAAUGUUGAUGAGCUCGGGGAUAUAGAUUGGGAAGAAGAUAAUAAUGACAGUGAAGAGGAAUUCGAAGCUAACUAUGAAGUCGAUGACGAAAACGAUGACGGAGACUUGGCAGGCAAUCCGGCGGUGCAAAAUGAAGCAAAUGCGAUUGUAAGCCAGCACCCGUUUGGUGUUUCGUCUUUUAUGCGGACUCUAGAUCUCGAAGCCAUGCAUGCCCCGGAAUUUUCUGAGUAUGCGAAUACGUGUGAAGGCAACGCUGCGGCGGAAGAUGGCGAGUUUAGGGUCGGAAUAGAAUUUGGUUCGAGAAAGUCGGUGAUAUCUGCAAUCAAAAACUACUCCAUCUCUAGAGGAGUUGAUUACACUGUGUAUGAGUCUGAGCCGCAGAUAUUCUAUGCGAAAUGCAAGGGGAUCAGGAGAUACAAUGGCAAGCACACGUACACCGUGGACACAAUUUCACAAGAUCAUGCCAAGUUGGACUCGGACACAAUUGCAGAUGCCAUUAGGCCAUUGGUCAAAGUAGACCCUUCGAUAAAGGUGAAGUCUGUUAUUGCAGAAGUCCAAUGCAGGUUCAACUACACUGUGAGUUACCGGAAGGCUUGGUUGGCAAAGCAGAAUGCUGUCGCAAAAGUUUUUGGUGAUUGGAAAGUUUCUUACCAGACUCUGCCAGUAUGGUUGAAAGCAAUGACAGUGAAGAUGCCAAGGUCUCGUGUUCAAAUUAAAACACUCCCCGUUUACUGUGAGAGUGAGGAGAUUCAGGGUGUAAAAGUUCUGCACCGCAUUUUUUGGAGCUUCUAUCCGUGUAUUGUAGUAUUCAGACACUACAAGCCACUGGUGCAGGUUGAUGGCACGCACCUGUACAGAAAAUAUAAAGGUGCACUUCUGGUAGCGGUUGCACAAGAUGGGAAUCAAAACAUUGUGCCUAUUGCAUUUGCGAUUGUCGAGGGCAAGACAGCAGACGCAUGGGAGAUUUUCCUAACCAAUUUGCGGAGAUAUGUUACCAUUGAUGGUGUGGGUAUUAUUUCUGACCGCCAUACCUCCAUCGACACUACAAUAGCUCGCAGUAACGGUGCAUGGUCACCACCAAGGGCGUGGCACAUGUACUACAUCAGUUAUUCUAGGACGGAGCAGGAGUACAACAUAAACUACCAAAGGCUUAAAGAGUGGAGUGAGGCAUAUACUCAAUGGUGCGAUGAGAUCGGUGUUGAGAGAUGGGUGUUGGCAUUCGAUGGUGGUCAUCGUUGGGACAUAUGA